AUGCUGAGGCGCGAAGCGGAUGUUGCUGCUGCUGUUGAGGGGGUGACGCCGAGGCCUUGCGCGACCAAGAUCCGCAAGCGGUGUGCGCUGUCGUCGUCGUCCGGCGCUUCGGACACUCUGAGUAAGCUGAGGCUGAAGCGAGGCGUGGUGUUGAGGAGCAGGAGAAAGAUGUCGCAGUCGUCCUUGAACGGGCGCUGCCGCUCCGACGGUAUGCACUCGUCGGUGUCGGCCCGGAAGCUCGUCAGCGCUUUGUGGCAGAUGAACGAGGGAAGCUUGCUCGAGGAGGAGGAGGAGGCCGGUAUCGCGAGGGACGCGGCUGCGCGCUGGGGCUCGGCGGCGCACCGGCGCUGUGCGUCGUCGGUGGAGAUCUCGAAGAGGUCAAGAAGGAAGGGCAAGGUUUUGGAUGCUGAUCACGGAGAGUGGUUUUCAGAUAAGCUGAGUAAUGGCGGCAGGAUUGGGGUGCAGGCAUGCGCUGCAGACUCAAGCUCCACAUGUUCAGUGGACAGAAUGGCACACCUGCAGGACAUGUACCACAGUCUGACGGCGUCCAAGGAGCUCGUCAGAGUUCUCGGCAACAUCUGGGGGCCCGGUGUCCUGAACCCGUCCACGGUCUCGCUCCUCUCCGCGCUUCGCUCCGAGCUUGACCUCGCGCGCGCCCACGCGCGGCAGCUCGCGAAAGAGCAGAGCCGCCGCGUCGACGAGGUCGAGCUCCUGAAGAAGCGGCUCGCGGUGGAGGUGCACGCAUGGAAGAACAAGAAGAGGGAGAAGGUGGCUGCCACCGUGCGUGUCGUGGCCGACCAGCUCGACGGAGAGAAGAGAUCCAGGCGGAGAGCGGAGAGGGUGAACGCCAAGCUCGGGAAGGCGCUGGCCGAAACGGAGAGCUCUUUGGAGGAGGCGGAGAGGGAGCUUCAGAGGGAGAGGAGGUCGAGGGAGCGCCUAGAGAAGGUGUGCGACGAGCUCGUGAGGGGCGCCGCCUCGUCGUCCUCGACCGCGGACAGGGGUGGCGACGUGGAGGAGAUGUGGCGGGACUCUGAAAGGGCACAGGCGGAGCUGCACAAGGAGAGGGAGAUGCUCCGGCUCGCCGAUGAGCUCCGCGAGGAGAGGGUCCAGAUGAAGCUGCAUGAGGCGAGGCUCCAGUUCGAGGAGAAGAACGCCGUCGUAGAGCUGCUGCGUGGCGAGCUCGAAGCCUUCCUGGAGACCAAGAAGCAGGAUCAUCAGGAAUCAUCUGCCGCGGAUGCCGGUCACGAUCACCAAGCAUCUGAAGUCGAUGGUGCCAACGACAUUGCUCCUGUUGCUGCCAGUAAUAGGACGGGUGGAGAAGAAGACGACGACCGCGAAGAAGAUGAUUCAGGAGGCAGCGACAUGCACUCCAUCGAGCUGAACAUGGAUGGCAACAUUAAGGACUGCGGCUGGAGCUACAGCACUGCUGCCAAUUCCAAGGACAUGUCGACGUGCAAGAAGGCAGCGUCUGCGAGCAGCACGGGAACGCAGUGCGCCGUGGAUCCGUGGGCCGGCGCCUCCUUCGACCGGGGAUCGCUUCAGGAGUCGGAACGAGGCCAGCAGUGGGACGUCGACGACGAAGGGUGCAGCGACACUACCAGGGACAUCGACGAGGAGUCGGAAAGGUACCUGGCCAUCAAGAACCUCAGGGAGCAGAUGCUGGCCGGCCAUGGGUUCAUGUUCAUGUCGCCAGCAGACGAAGGAAAUGCCGACAGAGAGAACAACAACGCUAGUGUGAUAUGA